AUGUCGAUGAAUUCUUUAGAAAAUUUAUCUAAUGAAUUUUUUUCUGAAAUCUUUGAUUAUAUUAAUGGUUGUGAUAUCUAUCGAGCAUUUUCAAAUCUCAACUAUCGUUUUGAACAAUUACUUAAUUCGUCACAUAUUUUAUUCAAAAUAAAAAUUGAUUAUUCAACCGAUGAUGAAAAAACUAUAAAUGAAUUACAACAACUUUGUCAUCUGAAUAAAAAUCAAAUUUAUUCAAUUUAUACUCGAACAUGGAUAAAUAAUAGUGAAAUAAUCUUAUCAUAUAAUUUCGAUUCAUCUUAUCAACAUAUUGAAUGUCUUGUUUUAAGUUAUAUUGAAACAAAUAUAAUUAAUUUUGUUCUUCAAAAAUUAAUGUUUUUACCACGUUUAUAUUCAUUAACAAUUGAAACAGAAUCUCAUUUGAAAGAUUUUGGUUAUUUUUAUCGAUCGAUUUUUAAUUUAUCAAAAUUGAAAUAUCUCAAAUUUAAAGCUAUGGAUGCUAUUGAUUCUGAUAUGAAUAUUUCAUUACCAAUGGCUUCAAAUCAUGAAUUAACUUCAAUUGAACAUCUUAUUAUUGAUCAUCCCUGUUGUUUUAAUCAAUUGAAUAAUAUUUUAUCAUAUGUACCACAAGUUUCUUAUUUGAAAUUUUUUAGUGUUAAUGAUAAUCAAAUCGAUAUCAACAAUAUUUUAUCAAUCAGAUUAUCAAAUUUAACACAUUUUUACAUCGAAGCUUACCAUAUGGAAUUUGAUACAUUUGAAAUGUUGAUAAAGAAUUUAAAUAUUAAAUUAAAAUAUUUUUCAUUGAAAAUUUAUACCGAUGAUAUGAAUUAUCUCGAUGCUUUUCGAUGGGAAAAUAUUAUUUUGAAACAUUUACCAGAGUUAGAAGAAUUUUAUUUAAAAUAUAUUACAACUUUUGAAAAUAAUCAUCAACCUUCAAUAUAUCAAGGUAAAAUAAAUGAAUUUUUCUCUUCGUUUUGGUGUCAACGACAAUGGAUAUUAGAAAUUGAUAUUGAUAGUAAUGAAAUUAUUUAUUAUAUUCAUCCAUAUAAAAAACGAUGGUAUGAAUUUAAUACAGAAGAGAAGAAUAUUUAUACUAUUGAACAAUUAGAAAAAUGUAAACAACUUAUUUUAUCGUGUAUACAUCAAGAAUCAUUUCAUCAAACAUUAACCAUAUUUAAUUAUCUUCUCCAUGUUUUACCUGUAAUGCAAAUCAAUCAUCUUGAUAUUCAACAACAAAUUUUUAUUGUUAAAUUAGGUGAAAUUUUAUUUUCAUUACCUGAUUUAGAUUCAUUAAAACUUAAUACAAUAUCAACUUCAUAUCCAAGAUCUUUAACAGAAGAAGAAUUAAUACAAAGUUAUUGUUUAAUAAGUCGAAAUAAAAUUACAACAGUUUGUUUACGAAAAAUCAAUCGAAUUGAAGAAGCUUAUUUUAUUCUGGCACUUUGUUCUCAUAUUCAACAAUUUCGAAUAAAUUCUUUAAAGGACAUCAAUGUGGAAUUAUUUCUACGAUCAUUUUUCAUAGAAAUUCAACAACGAGAAAUUCAAACGCUUAAAUUAUUAUGUAUUUGUGUACCAACAGCAGAUGAUAAAAUGAUGAAGAAAUUAGAAACAAUGAUUAAAAAUGAAAAUUUACUUUUGAAUUUUACAAUGAAACGUCUCAUGGAUCAAAUCUAUAUUCAAUGGAAGUGA